UAUUUACGACACAACGGAGCGACGUACGGCUGUGUGUACAGCUGGGCUGUCCACUUGGGCAGAGGAAGGACAAAGACAGGGAGAUAUUUCUUCAUUAUCGCAGCGCUUCGAUUAAAUCCACUAAACAAUACGCCGCGGAAGUGGUCAGAGGCCACCUCGAUUCUGACAUGGCCAACAAUUUAAGGGGGGAGGUCAUCAGGCUUUACAAAACUAUGCUGUAUCUCGGCCGUGAGUACCCGAAGGGCGCAGCCUAUUUCAGAGGGCGUCUCAAGGCGGCGUUCAUGAAGAAUAAGGACGUGACAGACCCAGAACAGAUCAAGAAGCUGGUGGCCCGCGGAGACUUCGUCAUCAAGGAGCUGGAGGCUCUCUAUUUCCUCAGGAAAUAUCGAGCCAUGAAGAAGAGGUAUUAUGAUCCAGAGAAAUGACUCAAUAUACAGCAUCAGGAUACACUUGUGGAAUGAAAUACAGGGAGCGUGUUAUUAACAGUAUGCAACAGUUUUAUAGUUGAGAUGAAGUCUCAGCACAUUGUUCUGACGGAAAACACAGCAGUUGCUCUUACUACAGAAAUAAAUAAAUAAAAACUUGCCUCACAAUGGAAAGGGAAAAUCAGUCUGAUAGAAGCGCCAGGAAAUGGUGAUAAUGAAGCUGUUACAGAAUUUACUUUUUUUUUUACACAAAUUGUACCAUUAAAAGCCACUGUUUUAAAUCCUAACCACCGCAUCUACACUACCAUCUGGGUUUGUCCUGAUAUCAUGAUGGAGAUGGGCUCCUAUGCUGCCUACACACAGACUGGACGUGCUACCUGCCAGCACCAUCCUGUACACCUGGAUGCAGUCAACACAUCUCUAUAUCCAUUCAGGGUUAGUAGUGGGCAGGUGUUUAAAAAAAUCAGGCAAUACCCGCUAUAGGCAGAUACACAAACGUUCAGAAACAAAAGAACAUCUUUUUAAUUUCAUAGGUUGUUCUCCAUGAGCAGGAAUCAUCACGUCCUCAAUCGAGAUUAAGUAAUAUUUGAAAGGAGUGUUCUGAUUAUAGUGUCAGGGUUCACAGGUAUCACACACGCAGGCCUGCAAUAAAGUGGAGUUGCCUUAGGUAUCAGAUUGACUGAAUCGUGUUGUACAAUGUAUUUCAGUGUAUAUAUUUGUAAAUACAUGGUCACAUGUCUUGAUGUGUGAAUGUACGGGACUAUAUGUCAUUGCACUAUUUGAUAAAAAGCAGUGUUUUAAAACUGAUGUUUUGUGUCAUAAACUAAAUCAUAAAAUCCCGGCAGUGUUGCUCAACAUUUGGACUCUUUGACUGCCAUUGCAUGUAUGAGGGUAUACUAGUAAAAUCUGUAAAUAUUUGUUCGUUUGUGUCAAGAACUGACAGAUGAAAUUAAAAGUAAAGAAUGACCACA